GGCGGGGCGCGGGGCGGGCGGGCAGGGAUGGAGGCGGCGCCCGGCGGGGGAGGCCUUUAUCAGGGCGGCCCGGCCCAGGCCCGGCCCCGGCCCGCCCGCCCCGGCCCCGCGCCCGCCCGCCGAGCAGCGCCUGAGGCUUAAUGACUCAACUCCUCAGGAGUCUGGCUGCAUCUGUGCAGCUCCCCGCAGUCGCAGCAGCUCCUCCAGCACCAGAACUCAGCUGAGAUAAAAGCGGUGUCACAGCGCACCCCACACUGAUGACAAAGCUCCAUCCAGCCUGGCCUGAGGAUGGAGUCCCUCCCUGAGGCGGUCCUGAUCAGAAUCCUGGCCUCCAUACCUGCAGCGGAUUUGGUGCUGGCGUGCCGCCUGGUCUGCUGCCAGUGGAAGAACCUGGUCGAUGGAGCUGCGCUUUGGAUCCUGAAGUGUCAGCAGGAAGGCCUCACUGGAGCAGAGUCACAGGAGAAUGCAGAGAACUGGCAGAACUUCUACUUCCUGAGUAAAAAAAAGAAGAAUCUCAUCAAGAACCCCUGUGGCGAAGAGGACUUGCAGCACUGGGGAGAGGUAGAGAAUGGAGGUGAUGGCUGGAAAAUUGAAGAGCUCCCUGGAGACUUUGGAAAAGAAUUCCCUAGUGAAGAGGUCCAUAAAUACUUUGUUACAUCUUAUGAGUGGUGUCAAAAGGCUCAGGUCAUUGACCUUAGGGCUGAGGGCUACUGGGAAGAGCUGAUGGAUACAACCCAGCCUAAAGUUGUGGUAAAAGACUGGUAUGCAGGACGCAGUGACGCCGGCUGCCUCUAUGAGCUCUGUGUGAAGCUGCUCUCAGAGAAUGAGGAUGUUCUGGCUGAGUACAAAAGUGAGACUAUUGACAUCCCAGAGGGCAACGAUGCCAACUGGACUGAGAUCUCCCACACCUUUUCCAACUAUGGGCCUGGGGUCCGCUUUGUCCGCUUCGAACACGGUGGCCAGGACACACUAUUCUGGAAGGGAUGGUAUGGCGUACGUGUUACCAACAGCAGCGUGACAGUGGAGCCAUAGCCGUGCUGAACUGGGGCCUGCAUGCUGGAGCUGACUUCCCUCAGGGCAUCCCAUGGCCUUUGGAUGGUUUCUGCAUGGUGCUGCUUCUGGGCUGUAGAGCAUACAACCUUUCUGUGUAUGAAUGGGGCGAGAUGCCAGGAGCCACCACCCGUCUUUCCUCAAGGGGACUACGCAAAGAAUGUGAAUAGAUUUGCAAAUGCACCACAUUAGACUCGGCCUCGCCGCUUUCACUGAUGUUCUCCGUUGGACAUGAGACCACCUAGAAAUUCUGCAGACUUUACUUCUCUCCUAAGUCACUAAUCCCUAGCACCCAGCCCAAGCUAGGCACCCCUCCCACCUGCUUCCCAGACGUGGGCACCUCUUACCUUUAAGCAGUACUGCAGGCAUUAUUUUCUGGAGGUUAAAGAACAGGAAAAAAAAAAAGGGAGGAAAGAAAAGCAUAGGCCUUGUGUCUGAGAGCAUACCAGGGAAACGCAGAGCCCUGUCACAUCUCCGUCAUCAACUGCUCUCAUGACCUGCAGUAAGAACCUUGGCUUCUCCCAUUUAUAAACAAUAGAUGUCAUUGCUUGCCUCACGGGAGCUCUAGCUUGGCUGCCAAGUGCUUAAUUUUUGGUGAUGAUAAUGCAAAGCAAUAGGGAUUGGAUCCUUUUCUCUUACACUGUUCCCAGCAUUCAUUUAUCAAGGGAAGUGCUGGGAGCUGAAACCUCUCUGGUGACGAACUCUGGGGCUUCACUGGGCUCCCUCAGCAGCUGAGAAUAAUAGCUGCGAGAGAGACAAGGACUUUGGGAAAUGGGUUUGAAGCAAAUUAGGGAGGGGGUUCAGGAACAAACUACAAACUCAUUUACCCCUUCCUGGCCUCUGCGUGCUUCAUGCAACAAGCACCCUGGUCACACAGUAUGACUGUGCAGGCAGGAGCUAUUCUUCACAGAAAGUUGCUGUUAGCCCCACUUGACCUCAGUUCUUCCUGCUAUUAAUGGUGUCUGCAAAAAGUACAGGUCUGCCUCCACUCAAUACGCUCACUGGUGAGACAGCACUUCGUACGUACUCCCACUAGUGCCUCUUGAUAUCACUCAGGGCUGUAAGCCACCACCCUGAACAGAGAGACACGCAAGCUUCCCUGAGCCAAGCCUGUCCCUGCUAGGCAGUCCUCUCGGAAGUGCACCUGCUUAACAGAGCUGGGGCUGCCUAGAGAGAUAGGCACUUACAUUUUUGUGUCCAUUUGUCUGUCUUCCCUUCUGGGGCUGCUGGCGCAUACGUACUUGAAUGUCACUUUGCAUCAAAGUGCACCAUUAGAAAGGCAGUGUACUAUUACGUGUCACCGAAGGGGAGAGCUUCCGAGCUGGUCGCUUCGUGCACGCUCUGCUUCAUUGGGCUUUCUGCACUGCUGCGCCUGGACGCCGAGGGCACACUGGCCUUCCAAACCACAGCCGUGCCAAGCCAGAGUCCAGGCAAGCUUAAUAAAGUGACACAAUCGUGUGUGGA